UCUUAUAUUCUGCUGGGUUUACGUGCGCAAGUAUCAGAGUCGGCGGGAGAGUGAAGUGAUUUCUACCAUCACGGCUAUCUUUGCCUUGGCAGUUGCUCUUAUCUCAUCUGCACUACUACCAGUGGACAUCUUUUUGGUUUCAUAUAUGAAAAAUCAAAAUGGUACAUUUAAGGACUGGGCUGAUGCUAAUGUUUCGAGACAAAUUGAAGACACUGUACUUUAUGGAUACUACACUUUGUACUCCAUCAUACUGUUCUGCGUGUUUCUGUGGAUUCCCUUUGUCUAUUUCUAUUAUGAGGAGAAGGAAGAAGAUGAUGGCAACACGUGCUCACAGGUUAAAACUGCGUUCAAAUAUACUCUGGGAUUCAUCACAAUUUGUGCAGUUCUUCUCUUAAUUGGUGCUUUUGUUCCUCUGGAUAUUCCCAACAAGAAGAAUUCCACAGAGUGGGAGAAAGUGAAGCUCCUGUUUGAAGAAUUUGGAAGUAGUCAUGGUUUGACUGCUCUUUCGUUUUCCAUUAGUUCCUUGACUGUGAUUGGAAUGUUGGCAGCUAUCACUUACACAGCUUAUGGUAUGUCAGCCUUGCCCCUAAACUUAAUUAAGGGAACUACCAGUGCGGCUUAUGAACGUUUAGAGAACACUGAAGAUAUUGAAGAAGUGGAGCAACAUUUAUUAAGGAUUAAAUCAAAGUGUAGAGAUGGUCGGCCUCUGUCGUCAAGGGAUAGACGGACUGUACAGCAACUAGAAGAGAGACUAAGGACACUGAGAAGAAGAGAGAGGCAUCUGGAGUCUAUUGAGAAGAGCUGGUGGACAAAGUUCUGUGAAGCUAUCCGACCUUUAAAGGUAAGACUUUUUAUCAUUUUUUCACUUUGCUUAGUGCUUUAUAAUGCUUCUAUCUUUAUGUCUAAUCUGGACAAAGCUCUACAUUCAGCUGGCUUCGACUCGGGAUUUAUAAUUUUAGGAACUAAUCUGACCAAUCCAUUGAAUAUGCUCUUACCUGUUCUUCAAACAGUUUUUCCACUUGAUUAUAUUCUUAUUACAACUAUUGUUAUGUACUUUAUCUUCACUUCAAUGGCAGGGAUUCGAAAUAUGGGUAUAUGGUUCUUCUGGAUAAGGCUUUAUAAAAUCAGACGAGGAAAAACUCGACCUCAAGCACUCCUGUUUCUCUGUAUGAUACUUCUGUUGAUAGUUCUUCAUACAAGUUACAUGAUCUACAGUCUUGCCCCUCAGUAUGUCAUGUAUGGAAGCCAAAAAUACCUAGUACAGAGUAAUAAGACAAUUGACGGUCAACCAAGGAAUGUGACAUUUGUAUCUAAAGACUGUGAUGCAGAUGCACCUGAAGAUCAGUGUAUUGUUACUCGGACAUACCUCUUCCUUCAUAAAUUUUGGUUCUUCAGUGCUGCCUAUUACUUUGGGAACUGGGCAUUCAUUGCAGUCUUCUUAAUUGGAUUAAUUGUUUCAUGCUGCAAAGGCAAGAAAUCAGUCAUUGAAGGUGAAGUGGAUGAAGAUGAUUCAGACAUGAGUGAUGAUGAACUGUCUGUUUAUUACCGUUGAUAGCUUUUUGCAUUCAGGAUGGAAAAAUGUAAUUUAAAGUUAUGUUGAAAGUCAUACCGAUGUGGAAUUGGUAUCCAAAUAAGCAUCCUUGCACCUAUAAAAAUAGAGAAAAUAAGUGUACUCAUGUAAAGGGGUAAAAAACUGAAUAUCACUUUUUGAGUAUCACUGUUAUAUCAGAACAAAUAUUGAAGUUGGGUUUGAAUAAUAUAUAGAAAAUAUUGUUUUAUGAUUAAAUGUAUAUGUAACUUUCUGAUGUACAAUUUGAUUAACUAUUGUAACUAUUUCAUAAUUCAUGAUGCUUUUCUGUUAAAUUAGCUUUUCUUAAAUACUGUCAUGCCUAACUUGUAGGACUUUUUUUAUUCAAGCUCAUAAAUAAAACUAGCUGAAAUCCUGCAAAGCAGCUGGUGCAAACAUUACCAGAAAGAUUUGGAUAAGAUUUUCACUUUCUUAAGGAUGUGACUUGACUUUUGCAUUUAGUUUUGCUGGUGUUUCUGGGAUUCCCAUAUAAAGCUAUAGUUAACAAGAGACUGUCCUGUAAGUAUGCCAGAAACAUCCACUUGAGUGGUGAGUUCCCAGUCUGUGAAGAGUAAGUUAUUUUCAUACUGUUAUCCCCACUGAGUUACCACAGGAAUCCUCAACUGUGAGGUGGCUUUUGCUCUAUCAAAGGAAAUAAUUAGUGUAGAGGACAAUAUUCAGCAUUGUUGCAGUGUUUUAGUACAAAUCGGUUCUGAAACUGCCAGGUGCCUGACUUAGUAAUAACCAACAGAAUAAUUAAGAUGUGAUUAAUUUUUAACUUAUUUUUCUCUUCAAUGCAAAUUGUCUAGCUUGAAGUUUUCUUUCAAUAUUUAAUGUAAAUGUGGUCAACUUGUUUACAAGCCAAUAUGUUUGUAUAAACACACUUCAGAAAUGGUUUUGUCUUUUGUGUUGUCUUUUGUAAAGUAAUGUUCUUUUAACUAUAUAGUUACUGAGCUAUAUUUCUAAGGCUGAAAGAUAUCUCCAGAUAGCCUUUGACAGACUCUGAAAGAGAAAAUGUUUACACAUUUUUAAACUUCUAAUGCUACCUGAGAGAAAUUAUAGUCCAUGCAACCACAUGGAAAUGUAACUUAGGUAAUCAUUUUAUAAGACUCAGUGUUAAAUAAUUAUUGAAAUGUAGGGAAAUUAUUAAUGUCUGCUUACAUGUUUGCAAGCUCUUAAAACUGAUAGUUUUUCAUUCAGUUAUUUCAAAAACAGUCUGCUUCCUGCAGUAUUUAAAAACAGCAGGCUCUCAGGAACUUUGGAGUUUUAAUUUAGUUUUGGUAUUUCAAGAAGUCUUAGGUGAGUUGCUUAGUUAAUGUAUGAACACCAGGAACAGGCGUUGGGGCUCUUACAGCAACAAACAUCACUGAAGUCUUUUAACAAGCCUUCUGUGCCAGUUGCUCCAAUAAUAUACAUGUUUAUGUGGCAACCUGGAAGAAUUGCUUGAUCACGAUCUGCAAAUAUGCAGUGAAGUCUGCUCAACUAAUAGAAGUCAGUCAGUUUGCUACCAAUGAGACAUUUGAAAGGACAAAUGUAUUCAAACACUGAUAGUAGGUACUUAAACUUGACUAGGGAGUGUGAGAUCCCUUUUGACUAGAAUUAGCCCAACACUAUUUAAACAUGACUGUUGAAGGUUGCAAGGAGUAGUUUAUAAGAAGUUCAAGUAACUCAAAUGGAAGGUGGAACCUGAUGUUGACUGGCUGGAAGCUGCAUCCAGAAGAUACCAAGAACUUAAAGUAUUCUUCUUUGUGCGUGCCCUGAUGAAAAACUUAAUUGAGAUUAUUUAAAUAAAGUUAACUUCUCAGAACUUCUCCCUCUUUUUGUGGGUCUUAUUCACAUUUCAUCUUCAGCUUUAUCAGUGAUAAUUAUCACUUUGUUCUUUGGCUGUAUCAUGUACAGUUUUGUUAGUCUUUCUGGGUGUAAGAUUGAACUGCAAUACCCAGUUUUGCAGAGUUGUAUCCAUUCUGUCUUAAAUUCUCACUGGGGAGAUUGCUGCUUGUCUGGGGAAGAUUGGCAGGAACCUGUUGGUUUUGUGCUACAUAGCUGCUUGCAUGUUGCAUGUAGGCUUAGAUGCCUAGGUAUAUGUUGGUAUAGGUCUCCCCUGUUUCCGGGCUUUUCUUUAUUUCCAGCUUCUUCCCAAUCCAGUCCUGAUUCCUGUCUAAACAGUCUAUAUGGGGAAAUACAGUGAUCCGCCUUUGAAUUGGUGGCUUUGUCUCUAGUAUAUUUAAUUGGGGAUUCACUAAGUACCACUUGAGCCAGGUAUUCACCAGAUUUCCAAUGAGCCCAUUCUUACUUGCAGAUAGCAAGAAGCAGGCUUCUGCAUGAGAGUUCGAAAGUUGUUUCAGAUAUUUACUGUCACCUUCUGUCAUACAAGUAGUAAAUAACUGUCAGCAUUUACCAGAAUUAUUCUUCCUUUUCCACAUCUUCACUAAAAUAUCUCAGGAGUUCAAUGAACCAUUUGACUGUCAAGGUUUUAAAAGAUUUUGUAUGUACUAGAGCACUUACGAUGAAUAUACACUCAAGAAUUUUAAUUAACACUUCAUGUGAUGGAAACCUGACACAUUUUUAACUGUAUUGUGCCUUUAAAAUUAAGUAGAGGUGUUUUUGAAGUUUAAUGAGUGAUGAACUCACCAACUGUAUUUGAUACAUCCAGUAUCACUUGAAGAAAACUGGCAGUAAAAUUUAAGAUGGCCCUGGUUUAAAAUACUUGGCUUUGAUCAAUGCUUGCAGGAACUUUAAGAAACAAAACUUCCAGUAUAUUAUUUUCUAUCUCUCUUGUGAUGUCUUCCAUAAAAUACUUGCAAAUAAAACAAUUACUUUUUCUUCCAUAAGUUAUCCCUGUUGUGGCUGCACUGGUAUGAUUGGAGUAGUUCACUCAUUUAGCUGUUAGUCCAGAGUUUUCUGUAGGUUUCAGAGCAAGUUUGAACUUUGCAGUCAUGUUAAAUACAGUAUUCUACCUUAUAAACAAACAUCUAACAUCUUUAACUGAGUCUUUGCAGAUCUCAGUUUUCUAGACCAAAGUCACUUAAGGCAUCAGAAUUGUUUCACAGCUUUGAUUAUAUGAAUGAUAUUACAAAUCCAUCUCUGUAGUGUGAGCUUUCAAAACUUCUGAACAGGUGUAAGCUAUUGUCAGAGCUGGCUUAAGUUAGAUUUUUGUUGUUGUUGUUGUUGUUGUACUUUUCUAGUCCUAUUCUACCAUGCUGGAGGAUGAUGAAUAUUUAGAAACUAGUGAGCCUUAAAUCUUGUUGACAUGUCAGGCAUAAACUGUGGUCACCAGAAAUAUGUUUAAUAGAAUUCAGCAAUUAUAUAUGUCAAAUGGCUUCUUAUCUUGCUUCUUGUUUUACAGUGAUUGAUAGUUCAUCUGGAGUUACAAAUCAUAAAUACAAUAAAGCUUGUCUGUUUUGGUUCUUAGUUGAAAGCUGACAGUUCGCUACAGAUUUCCUGCUGAUUGCCAGAAACAGAUGAAAAGCCUUUCUUGGUAAAGAAUGCAAAGAAACAUCAGCUACCUUUUUGUAUUUUCUGCUUUGACUUGAUUGAAAACAGGAAUGUACUAGGUAGAGCAUACCUGUACCAGAGUCAUGCCACAUAGAAUGAUAACUUCACGGUCAGAUAACGUGACAAUUUUAAGUUAGAAACUAAUGAAUCCUUCCAAUGCUCCUGGUUUUGCUUCUGAAUAAUCAGUGUAGACAUAACUCUUCAGAUUCUUUGAGAUGUUUUCUACUGCUUAGAAACUGUAUUUCUUGGGCUCACAACUGUGUUUUAUUGGACUCUUAAUAUGAAUUCCUGAAUUGGAUGGUGGCCUACAACAGCAUUUUGAAAAACAUUACCCCUGUGUAGAAACAACUAUGUGAUUUAUUCUAAAAUACUGGUGACUACUGGUGUCUGUAGCAGACUUAGAGUUGAAGUGUUUAAGGAAACUGAUUAAUUGUGGAAGGUAAUUUGUCUCUGUGUGAAUAGAUAUUCAAACCAUUCUAGCAGCAAUGAAACAGUUCUAGGUAUGGAUAGGGAAAUAAAGCACUGCUUGUGAAAUUAAGCACAGGAAAGAGAUUCAUUCCUUUCUAAAAUUGUUGCAAAUAACUUGAAAUACUUAAGCUGUAACAUUUUUCAGGCUCUUAGGUUGAAGAAUAUAGUUCAUAUUGGUGUCUUACAUGAGUGUAGAUCUGUUCUUUUGCAACAUUCUGUAGAGUCAGCUUUCUUGCAGAUAAAGCUAUGAAAUGAAACCAAGAAUCACUUCUUUUCCUCUAAAUGUGUAUUUUGACUACUUCUCAAUAGAAAUAAAAGCCUUGUUUUGAUUGUGGUAAGAUA